AACACAAGACCACAGCCCAAAGUCACCCACCCAAACCAUGGCAUCCAAGCUAAGCUUAAAGCUUGUCCUGAACCAGAACACAGGAGAGGUUUUAUUUGGAGAAGCUGGAAAAGAUUUCAUAGAUUUUCUCUUCAGCCUCCUAGCAUUGCCAAUUGGGUACGUUUCAAAGCUCCUCACAAAGCAACGCAUGGUGGGAUGCGCUGGAAGUCUCUAUGAUAGCUUUGAAAAUCUCACCGUUGAUUACAUGCAACCCAACUUUGAUAAAAAUACCAUCCUCAACCCCAAGACGUCUAUUCCGAUGAGCGGUCAGAAUCCUCCCCUUCUGUUGCAAGAUGGUGCUUCUUCCACCAAAUCAAAGUACUACUCAUGCGGCAGCUACUACAACUACAGCAAUCACUACUUCAUCACAGAUGUUAAGGACGCGGUGUGUGCAUCUUGCAACCAAAAAAUGGCUCAGGAGUUUGUCUAUGUUAGUCCUAAAGGUGUAGCAUCGGGAUCAGUCGGUGGAGGAGGGUGCGUUAGGGGUGUGGUGACUUACAUGGUGAUGGAUGAUUUAGCGGUGACGCCCAUGUCUACCAUAUCCAGCAUUUCUCUACUCAACAAGUACCAAGUCAAGGACGUAAGUGCACUCAAGGAGAAGGUUGUAGAAGUAGGCAUGGAUGAGGGUUUGGAUCUUUUAAGGGCUUCCUUGGAGUCGAAGACAGUACUCACUGACGUCUUUGGAGAGAAGCCGAGAGAAGUCAAAGAACUGACGUCUUUGGAGAGAAGCGGAGAGAAGUCGAAGAAAGCGCAGCCUAAUGAAUAA